AUGGUGCAGAACGUGUACGUCUCGGCGGUGACCCCGGACAACAUCUCGCGGACGGAGCUGCUCGCAUGGGUCAACGACUCGCUGCAGAGCAGCUUCUCGAAGAUUGAAGAGAUGUCGACGGGGACCGGGUACUGCCUCUUCACGGACAUGCUCUUCAACGGGCAGAUCCCGCUCAAGCGAGUGAAGUGGAACAGCAAGAACGAGGUCGAUCACAUCAACAACUGGAAGGUGCUGCAGACGGCGUGGAAGAACAUUGGAAUUGACAAGCCAGUGCCCGUCGAGCGACUCCUGAAGGCCAAGUUCCAAGACAACUUCGAGUUCCUGCAGUGGUUCAAGAAGUUCUUCGACGCCAACUACUCCGGAGAGGGGUACGACCCGGUGGCCGCUCGCGGAGGAGAGGCUUUGCCCCUUGGCGGGAAGGCACCGAUGAACCGAGGAGUCGCCCCGCGCCCGGCUGCCGCACCUCGACCUGCCCCUGCUGCUGCUCGACCGGCCGCCGUCCCUCGCGCCGCCCCGGCUGCCGUCACCAGACAACCCCUUGCCCCGGUGGCCCAGAAGGUGGUCGUAAACAAGACGGGCGCCGAGCACAAGCUGAUCGAGGAACAGAAGGAGCGCAUCGAGCAGCUCGAAGAGCAGGCCAGCCAGUACGUCGACAGCAUCGAGCAGCUCGAGGCGGAGCGCAAUUACUACUUCGAGCGGCUGCGACAGGUGGAAGAACUGGUGACGGCGAUCCCGGAGGAGCAGCAAGACGAGACGCUCAAGAAGAUCCUCAAGGUCAUCUACUCCGACGGUGAAGAAGAAGCGGCCGCGCCAGAAGGGCAGCAACAACAAGACGCCACCUUCGAGGACCAAGUCAAGAAGCCGAACGGGGACCACCAUCAUCACGAAAAAGUGCAAGAGCAGCCCGUCGUGCACCAGCAAGCCCAUCAAGCCGCCGUGCCGCAAGCCGCUGUUGAAGAAGACGAUGAAACUUUC